AUGGAGAUAGACACUAUAUGGAGAUACACUAUACAGGGAUGGACACGGUAUAUGGAGAUAGACACUAUACAGGGAUGGACACGGUAUAUGGAGAUACACUAUACAGGGAUGGACACGGUAUAUGGAGAUACACUAUACAGGGAUGGACACGGUAUAUGGAGAUACACUAUACAGGGAUGGACACGGUAUAUGGAGAUACACUAUACAGGGAUGGACAUGGUAUAUGGAGAUAGACACUAUACAGGGAUGGACACAGUAUAUGGAGAUAGACACUAUACAGGGAUGGACACGGUAUAUGGAGAUAGACACUAUACAGGGAUGGACACGGUAUAUGGAGAUACACUAUACAGGGAUGGACACGGUAUAUGGAGAUACACUAUACAGGGAUGGACACAGUAUAUGGAGAUAGACACUAUACAGGGAUGGACACAGUAUAUGGAGAUAGACACUAUAAAGGGAUGGACAUGGUAUAUGGAGAUACACUAUACAGGGAUGGACACGGUAUAUGGAGAUACACUAUACAGGGAUGGACACGGUAUAUGGAGAUAG